ACAUUGGAGGGAUUUAAAAAUAAAUUGUUCCCAUUUUCGGGUAACAAAUUGGAUGACAUUACUUCACUUGGUGUGUUUUUCGCCCUGCCGUUUUUGUUUUGCCUGCCUGGUGUGCACUUUCACGUUUGCACAUACUGAAGACGCGUGGGAGGCACAGAUAAAAGGUUCGCAAGGAGUGUCCGUGUGAGCCAAGUGCUGCCACUUUCCUGUGGGCACGCGGGUAUACGUGAGUAUACCUAAGCGCAUCUCCUCAAGGCAAACGAACACAUUUCGCUUUCAAAAAAAGAAGCUGAGCGAACGAAACAUGGCUAUUUCCAAUGUGAGAGUUAUGGAAAGUGAUGACGUAAGCCAAGGGGACUACUCGUGUAACUCCGAAACAACCGCAGAUGCUGAGACUAGCGCGAGCGAAGAUGAUGAGAAGGGGAUUCAAAUUAAAAUCAAGAGAGCAAUCGAAAAUGGUAUACUGGAUGAAGCGAAAAAAAAAAAAAAAAGGAAAAUGCUCAAUUUUGAUAGAAGCUUCAAAAAAAGAAAAAAUUUGAAAAUCGAACAGGAGGGAUUUAAAAUUAACAUUCGGAAGUUCAGACUGUUUAAAAUUGACCACGUGAAAAACAAGGGGGAGGAAAUGCUCCCCCCAGCGAGGAGUGGCCGGGACGCGCCCACCGGGCCUGACGCGGACGAAGUGGGCGAAGUGGACUUAGCGGACGAAACGGAUGUUGCGAAGUGA